GUCACUGCUGCUCUUGGUGGCUCUGGAUCCUAUUUAACGCUGGAUUUGCAUGCAUCACCCUGGAGAAAAAAAAUAUCACCUGGAAAUCUGUUGUGCCUUCCUUUCUCUGAAGCGGUUGGUCCUCUUUGUCUGGUUUACAGUACGGGGUUGCAUGAAAGAGGGAGACUCUCUUUUGCUAUGCACAUGAGGCUGCCACACUACCCUUCCAAGAAAAUUCAGGCAACCUUAUAAACUCGUCCCAAGUGACCAGCUCGGUUUGCACAGAUGACCCAUUGUGCUGCGUAAGCUCAGGUGAACUGGGAGAGCAAGUGCCAGAACAAGAGGUAUCUGUCUCGUUUUCUGCUUACUGUUUGUGGGGGAAAUGGUGUAAAUGCGAUCUAGGAAGCCUGAAAGAAGCACAUUUACUGAGCCAUGCGAGUGAAUUGAAUUAGCUGCUUUUCCCUCCACGCAAAAUGCAGCUGGGUUUCAGCCUGUUACAAAUGGGAACGGUCCCUUUCCCCACCAGGGAUUGACUGCUGUGGGCUCUUUUCUAUUAUACCUACUGUGGAGGAAAUUUAAGCAAGAACAUGUAUAGUGAAUUGUUAAAUUCAACCAGUGCCACCGAAGCCCACCUAAUCAUUCAGACCAACACCCCCUACCUGAGCAGCACGCAGAGACCAGUGAGCUCCUCAGCCUUUUACAUGUCAACUGCCAGGGUCUUAAAAGAAGGGGAAAUAAAUAAGCCAGAUCUGGUGACAUAUAUAGUCCUGUUUUUCUUCCUGCUCUUGACUGUGACAAUAAUUGUGCUUUUUAUUAACUGUCAGCUGAAAAAUUCUUUCUUUGCGACUCUGCCUUAUGACAGAUCACUCAGAGAAGCAAGGAGCCCGUGGAAAACAGAAGCUGUCUAAUACUAGAAGGGGGAGGCAUUGUCAAACGCAGCUCUGCUUUGGUAGUAGCAUGAACCUGCAAACCUGUGCAAUACAAUGCUAUUUCCUUCCGUCACUGGGUGUGCGCAACCCCCUUUGAAUAAUAGUCUGUGUCUUGGGAGGAAAAAAAAAUAAAGUUUUGGCAGGAACAAAAGAAAUACAAAAAAAAAUAAAAGUUGUACCUUUAUACGUGUGGAGGUGAAUAAAGACGUAAUAUGGAUGCAAAAGAUAAAGCAUUAUUUAUAUUGAAUUUAUGUAUGGAGGAGCA